GCAGCGGAUUGCGCGGUUACCACUCGCGGGUGGUGGUGGCGGAGCUUGUGCGAAAAUGUUGUUUUACUCCUUCUUCAAGUCCUUGGUGGGGAAAGACGUGGUCGUGGAGCUAAAAAAUGACCUGAGCAUCUGUGGGACGCUCCAUUCAGUUGAUCAGUACCUGAAUAUCAAACUUACAGACAUAAGCGUGACAGAUCCUGAAAAGUAUCCACACAUGUUGUCUGUGAAGAACUGCUUCAUCCGUGGGUCGGUGGUGCGGUACGUCCAACUUCCUGCUGAUGAGGUGGAUACACAGCUGCUGCAAGAUGCUGCGCGCAAGGAGGCCAUGCAGCAGAAGCAAUGAUUCUUCUUGGGCUCGGAUGGUCCUGGGUUAUUGUCACCGUUUGAAGGCCACGGAUCGUAAAAUGGGUCUAUUACACGCUUAAUUUGUUAUUUUGUUAUUGUAAUCGGUGGUGUUAUAUUGGAUUUAAUUUCCCACUUUCUGUAGUCUCGAAAUUCUUUCCAGAUGGCUGCAGUCUCAAAAUAUUCAUCCUGUUAGGUUUGUGUACUGGCAAAUUAGGUUUGAAUUUUAAUACCUUUACUUUGUCUGGCAAGAUGGAAGCCUAAAAGCUACCUCCAAACAUGAAGCUGGAUGGGUCAGCAUUUCAUACAUUUAUCAUGUACUUAUUCUUGUCUUACAUUGAAUAGUGUCCCCUAUUUUGGUAUCAAGUGUCAACUGUGGGUUUAAUUUGUAAUUUUUUUUUUUUAAAACCUUUAAAUGAGAAAUAAACUUGGAUAUCUUUAUUUGGCAUCAGCAUUUUGAGGAUAAACCAUGGUAUAAAACACCAGUACGAACAGAUUCUUUAUCAAUAUGGGGAGCUAUAAUUAGAAGCUUAAAACGGGCCACCAUCUCAGUACAGAAAAUCAACACGCAAAUUUGCUCAAAGGCACGAAAAAAUUGGCCUGAAUAAUGCAAAUCGAAGUGCAAAAGAAACCAGGGAGUUCUUUUCAACUGUAAUAUUUAUGUUGUGACUAUUUUCUCUAAUGUGGAGCAGGCAGAGUUACUUGGUUUUGGAAAAUAUUUUCAUACUAUUGAUGAUGUAACUCUUCUUCUUUACUUCCAGUCUUUCCCAGGCAGUUUCUUUCAGCUUACUUUUCGCUCCACAACCUGUACAUACACAAGGUGCAAUCCGUUCUUCCUAAAACAUUUGCAUAUGGAAUAGGGCAUCCUUUAAAAAUAUGAAUUAGCCAUGUACAAUUUUGUGGACUCUUUAGAUAAACAAGAUGUGUGCUUUCAAAAGGUUUUAUUUAUCAUAAAAUAUACUUAUGUUUUUGUUAUUUUGAUAUAAUGGUAGUUUUGUUGUAGUUAGAAUUUAAAAGAUGUUUUGUAAACCCCCUUCUCACAUUUCACGGAUGCAGAAAGAGCAGUUCACAAUUUCUCAAAUUGGGAUGGCUCAUAAAAUGUUAAACUCA